AUGUCCGCGACAAUGACCCAGACCCGCGCCUCCCCCUCCCUCAUCACCUCCCAAGUCCCCCUCGUAGCGGGCGACGUCCUCCGCGCCAUCGACACCCCCGCCGUCUCACCCCCACCUAACUCCUCGCCUCCAGCAGCCUCUCCCACCGCACCCUCCGCCAAGAAGGGCCACAGACGGACGUCCAGCGCCGCGUCCGACAUCGCCAAAGCCGCCGGCAUCGACCUCGACGCCGUCUCCAUGGCCGAGGCGCGCAAAGUCAUGUCCGAGGAGCACAAGAUCCUCGGCUUCCGCCCCCCGCACGGCUCCUUCGCCGCCGAGGUCCAGUCCGUCGCCGCCAAGCACCCCGAGCGCAAGCCUGGGGCGGGCCCCGCGGUCGACACCUCGAAGCUCAAGGAGAUCGCGCGCGAGGACGCGCUCCGCAUCCUCGCCGAGCGCAAGUCCUCCCCGGGGACCGACACCGCCGCCCUCCCCGCCAGCAGCACCGGCCCAGGGGCGAAGGCGAACGGGGCGGACGCGAAGCACGCCGCGCCUGCCAGGCAAUCCCCGCCCGAGCCCGGGCUCGACCUCGACAAGAUCAGCGCGACGGACGCGCGCGUGCUCAUGUCGCAUGAGCACCGCGCGCUCGGCUUCCGCCCGCCCCCCGGCUCGCUCGCCGCAGAAGCGCAGGCCGCCGCCGCGCGCCACCCGGACGGCGACGGCACGCACCUCGACGACGGCGCGCUGCGCGCGAUUGCCGUGCGCGACGCCGAGCGCAUCAAGGCCGACCGUGAGCUCGCGCUCGUCGGGGACCCUGCUGUGAACAUCUCUGCGGUGGACAAGGACGCCGCGCGCGAGAUCGUGCGUGCGGAGGCGGGGGCGCUGGGGCAUCGGCCGCCGCAGGGGAGCUUGGCGGCCGAGGCGCAGAGUGCGGGGGAUAGGCACCCCGCGGGGGGCAGUUUUGUCCCUGGGAGGGACAGAGUGGAGUUGGAGGGGCUGAAGGAGAGGGCGAGGGAGGAGGGGACGCGGUUGAGGGAGGAGGUGGUGGGGAGCGAUGGGCAGGGGGUCGUGAAUGGCGCUUCGUACGUGGACCCAACCCUGGCGAAGAAUCUGCAGCAGAACGGGGCCAUCGACGAAGACAAGGCGGACGCCCCCGACGCCCCCGCGAAGGUCGACAGCGCGGUGGAGACGGAGCCGAUGACGGAGGAGAGGCCGCGCGUCGCGCGCACGCUCGCGACGGCCCCGCUGGAGCGCCAGGAGACGGCGGACUCGGUCGAGAUCGUCGGCGACAUCCUCGCAGGGCACCUCCGUGUCGCAGCUGUCACGAACCACGCGCUGCUUCGAUUAUGCGGGGGCGCGGCGGAGGUGGGGCAGUCAGGGGGGACGCUCCCACCGCCCAUCCCGCCGCGAAGCAUCUUCAAGUUUACAUUCUCAUUGCCUGGUAGCGGACAGGCGUCCACGGCGGGUGUGGUAACGGCCUACCUAUCGGACAUAUCCAGCGCGCGCGAGCAUAAUAUGACCGCCGCCUCUCUUGCGGCAGAUAUCAACCUGGUGGCGGACGGUGCGAACGUCAACCGCGUGGCCCAAGCGAUCUCGUUUACGAUACUCUACUAUGACUUUCUCCUCACGUUCCCCCAGGAAGUCGAGCGAUAUUGGACGGGGGUGCGGUCCUGGGCGUCGUUCUUCUUCUUCCUGAAUCGGUAUAUGUCUGUCGUCUGCUACGUCCCAUUUGCGUAUGAGUUCUACGCCGACAUGCCAGAGCCGCUGUAUCACCGCCUCCUGCUCGCGUCCACGCAGUGUGUGGCCGCAGUCCUGCUGAUGCUGCGCACAUAUGCGCUGUACAAUCGCAAUCGCAAGGUCAUGGCCCUGCUCUCGUCGAUGGCCGCUAUUGGAGGCGCAGUCAUAGUGGUAUGGCUCUUGACCACAGCCCUGUGGGGUCGUUCGUCGCUCUUGUCUGACACUUCCAGACAGUGGUCCAUCGCGAGUGCCCCAUGGGACGAGCACAAGUCGCCCGACGUAUCGCCGCUGGUGGGGUGCGACCUCAGGAUCUCUAUACGCCAGUGA